AAUAAAUAAAAUUCCCAAAUUAAGCGCUUUCUUGGUCACACCAACUUACAGCUAUUUUAAGAACAGAUAUUUCCCUUCAUAUUCCAAACGCGCAUAAAAAAAAAAAAAAAAAAACUUCUCCUUAAUUUUGCUUCUUAGGAAGAGAGAGAAAUAGCAAAGCUCUGGAUUCAACCUCUUCCCAUCGUUGGCGGCGUUGCUUAUGCCGGUUGGUUUUCAGAUUUCUCGGGACUUGGAUUUAAAGGGAUUUAGUUUCCUUUUCAAGACAUGGAACAAGUGUGCUUCUGGUCAAAUUGCUACCUUUUCCUGGUGUUUUCGUUCCAAGAAGUACUUGACUGGCGGUUUCUCGUCCAUGGAGAUUUUCUUUUAGUUUCCUUUGUCAAUUGCACUUAGCACCCGGUAUCUUUUUAAUUCUAACAGAGGAGGUGUAAUGCAAGUUUUAUCUGAAAUAGAUGUUGGAUCUUUAGUGUACUUCUGCAAGUAAGCAAUUUUUUCUACUCGAUUUGACUAAAAUCAGAUAAGUAGGUUCUAAAUAUUUUUAUUGGCAGUUCAUUUCUGAUACAACUUCCAGUCAAAGAUUUUGGGAAAACGCCUUCCAGUUAGACAAUAUAAUCACAUAGUUAUCUUUUUCCAUAUCUGUUAUCAUUAUCUUUAUCCAUAUCUGUCAACUCUUUGUUCCUUUUCUAACCUUUCUCAUACUUUUCUCUUUGCUCUUCUAUUAUCACAGGGCUGAACUCUUGCAGUAGACAGUUGAAAGUUGCUUACUAAGCAUUAGCAGCUAUAGCUCAUAGUUAAUUUUCUGUUGUUACACCUGAUGGGUUCUGGUUAGUGAUGAGAUGUUGUUUUGUUGAGCAUUCUGCAACAGUUUCUAUUUGGCAUGGAUGAGUUAACUGCAAUUAAGCUUUUGGACCGAGUGAGUGUAUCUUGAGCUUGGGAUUCUUCCUGUUGGCUGGAGCAAUCAUUCUGUCGGUGUGUAUCAGUAUGUUUUGUGGAGCUCAUCUAUUCCUUCUGUUGAUGCCUUGUUUUCAUCUUGCAGCUAUGGGUUUAGUACCAAAUAAAGCUGUGAAGCUUAUCCGCAAUAAAAAUUCUGGUUUUAUGUUAUUGCAUAUUACCAGAGGAAAUUAAUAGUGGAUUUAGCUGACCAGAAAGGCAGUUUGUUUAUGUUUUAUAGUUUUUAAUACAAGUAAUCUUCUGCUGAAGAUAAAUGUCACAUGUCUAUUGUUGGUUCUUAUACAUCUCUUGAAUAAAGAAAGGGCUACCUUUUGUUCUGCAAGAAAAUGGAGAGGUACAAGUUAAUUAAGGAAGUUGGUGAUGGAACUUUUGGUGUUGUGUGGCGAGCUGUUAACAAGCUGUCUGGAGAAGUUGUUGCAAUUAAGAAAAUGAAGAAGAAAUAUUACUCUUGGGAAGAGUGUGUGAAUCUGAGAGAAGUUAAGUCGCUGCGGAGAAUGAAUCAUCCCAAUAUUGUGAAACUUAAGGAAGUCAUCAGGGAAAAUGACAUUCUAUAUUUUGUGUUUGAAUACAUGGAAUGCAACCUUUACCAACUUAUGAAAGACAGGGAAAAGCUUUUUUCAGAAGUCGAAAUCAGAAAUUGGUGUUUCCAAGUAUUUCAAGGUCUUGCAUACAUGCACCAGCGUGGGUAUUUUCAUCGUGACCUAAAGCCAGAGAAUUUGUUGGUUAGUAAGGAUAUAAUCAAAAUUGCUGAUUUUGGUCUUGCACGUGAAAUAAAUUCACAUCCACCAUACACGGAGUAUGUCUCAACACGCUGGUAUCGUGCCCCUGAAGUUCUUCUUCAAUCAUACCUGUAUACUUUGAAAGUUGAUAUGUGGGCAAUGGGUGCAAUCAUGGCUGAGUUGUUCACCUUACGUCCACUUUUUCCUGGCACCAGUGAAGCAGAUGAAAUCUACAAAAUUUGCAGCAUAAUAGGUACUCCAAUUAAGGAUUCAUGGCCUGAUGGGCUUAAUCUUGCAAGGGCUAUAAACUACCAAUUCCCACAGUUUGCUGGUGUGCAUCUGUCUGUGUUGAUACCAUCAGCAAGUGACGAUGCAAUCAACCUUAUUACAUCUCUCUGUUCGUGGGAUCCAUGCAAAAGGCCAACUGCUGCUGAGGUCCUUCAACAUCCUUUCUUUCAGAGUUGUUUUUAUGUUCCACCCUCUCUUCGUCCCAGAGCUGCUGUUUCUAGAACUCCUCCAUCUGUCGGGGUGAGAGGAACAUUUGAACAGCAAUCAGCUAGGAGGUAUUCUGGGGUUCUACCAAAUGCAAAGCUCACCAGCAAUCUUUCUUCUCUGAAGUCAAAUGCAUCUUUGGGCACAGGUGUGCAACGCAAGCUGGAGAUGGUUAAUCAGAAGGAUCUUAAUAAGAAUAAUAAAUCCUCGAAGAACUCUGCCAUACAACCAAGGUAUCGGCCACCGGGAAGAAAGAGUCCAACAGCAUCCAUCAAUAAGAAUAGAAAUGCUCACGGAGCUUCAGAUGUAGCGGAGAAGUUGGCAAAUGUGACAAUUGGAAAUCGCAGGCCGCCACCUAUGAAGGCUGGGGUACAGUGGACUGCGGAAUCUAAUGACACGUUUCUUAGACCAACCCAACAGGUACAGCCAGGCAGAACUUUUACCAGAAAAGUAGCGGGAUGAGAUGGCCCAGCAUCAUGGUUUAUAACAAUAAAUUAAAUCAAAUGCUAUUUCAUUGUACAAUAUGGAGUCAAGGAGUCCAAAUAUCAAAACGAGUGCGCUUUGGUUUGUCCUGUUUUGAGUGUUUUCCUAGCAGUAGCUAUAUGGUACUCGGUUUUCUGUUACAAUUAAGAAACUGUUUUGUUUCUACAUAUUGAUCGUUGCUUGAUAAAUAAAGUGUGAGUUUGUGA